UAGUUGCUUAGUGUCCAGUGUUAGUUAGAGUAGAGUUAGUGUUAGAGUCACCAUUUUCGUUUCAUACAAUUUCAUUAUUUUUAAUGGCGUGUCGGCGACAACGGUCUGAUUUAGUGGGGCCGAGGCAAAAAAGACGAAAUGUAAGUGACGCGGUUCGUGAUAGUCACAUGACAACUGACGUGCACUUAACUUCCUAUGAGGUUGACCAUAGUGCUGGUGAAAAUCAUCUCACUGUAGUUUCUCGUGUGAAAUUGAACACGGUUGAAGAUCUGCAAAGUGAAACAAGUAAUUUUUAUGACGGUGAAACCAAUUGGGGGUCCAGUGAUAGUGAUGUUUACAAUGACGGUGGCUUAGAAACGUUGUCUACAACUUUGUUAGACGAAAAACUUAUUUUUCGACAGACGAAGACCAUAAGUUCUUUCCGUGAGCAGCUGGCAUCAUGGGUGGUCGAUUGUCAAGUGAAUCAAAGUUAUGUUGACAAAUUACUUUUCAUUCUAUAAACAAUUCCUGAAAGCCAUUUAUUAGAUCUUCCAGAAACAUGUCGUUCAUUAUUACAUACUGUUCGAAAAACCCCGUUAAAAAUAGUCGACCCGGGACAUUACCAUCACUUGGGAAUUGCUAACGGCAUUUUGCAAAUGCUUUUCAAAUUGAAAAUCAUAAAUCUUUCCAAUCCUACAAUUAAACUCAUUGUUAACGUUGAUGGCAUUCCCAUUGCAAAGAGCUCCGGCAGUCAAUUCUGGCCUAUAUUAGGCCUCAUUGUUGAUAUUCUAAAUUCAAAACCAUUUCUCAUUGGCAUUUACCAUGGUCACAGUAAGCCAAAAAACGCCAACUUGUUCCUUGAAGAUUUUGUAAACGAAAUGUUACAAUUGACAGAGUCAGGGCUUGUAAGUAACGGACAAAAUUUAAAAAUUGAACUGUUGGGUUUCGUGUGUGAUGCUCCGACAAGAGCAUACAUAUCCGCCACCAAGUCUCACAGUGGGUAUUCGAGCUGCUCAAAGUGCAUCGAAGAGGGUGAUUGGGAGGGGAAGGUGGUUUUUUUAAACGAAAACGCACCACUUCGCAGUGAUGUAACGUUUAGAAAACGAGAACAUGAAGACCAUCACACUGGAAAAACAAUAUUAGAACGAUUGCCCAUUGACAUGGUUCAGUCCUUCCCUCUUGAUUACAUGCAUUUAGUUUGCCUUGGGAUAAUGCGCAAGUUGCUUUGGGCUUGGAUUCGUGGUUCUUUAAAAUGCCGAAUUGGUCUCAGAAGUGUUAACAAGAUAUCGAAUUUUUUGUUUGUUAUUUCUAGCUAUAUUCCUGCCGACUUUGCGCGUAAACCCAGGUCCCUUUGCGAACUAGCAAGAUGGAAAGCCACGGAAUUACGUCUUGUUCUUUUGUAUGGUCCCGUCGUCUUAAAACCAAUUUUUCCGAAACCACUCUAUUUGCAUUUUUUAUUACUACACCCAGGUAUCAAGAUAUUGACUCACAAAUUGUUAAGCCAACAAUUUAACGAUUACGCAAAACAAUUACUUGUCCUUUUUGUGAGUCAAUGUCGAGAACUUUAUGGGAAUGAUUUCUUAUCUUACAACGUACACAACUUGAUACACCUGGCUGAUGACGUAAAAAUUUUUGGACACUCAGACAAUUUUUGUGCAUUUCCAUUUGAAAAUCAUUUGCAGCAAAUCAAAAAGCUAAUAAGAAAACACGAUAAGCCCUUACCUCAAGUGAUAAGGCGAAUAAUCGAAAUAGAAAAAAAUUUAUUGAAUGAAGCUGAAAAGGAAAAAGUAGGUGCCGUUACAUUAACAAGAAAACAUUUAAACGGCCGGUUUUGAACAAUUGUUCCGGUAGUCAAUUUAUGUGCUUGACAGUAAAAUCGUACUGUAAUUUAAAAUCUUAUACUGCUGCUGACUGCUGCGUAAUUCUUCAUGGCGAGACUAUUGUAAAAAUUUGCAAUUUUGUUCAAAACGAGUCGGGAAUAUUUUUUGUCGGUCAACAGAUUAAAGUAAAAAAAAAAUCUGUUUGACUCGCCUAUUGAGUCAUCGCGACUUGGCAUUUAUGUAGUAAAUCAGUUGGCUGCCAUGCAUUAUUGGCCUGUAUCGCGGUUUAAAUCAAAAGCUGUAAUGAUUCCUGUUCGCGCCGAAAAAUUUGACAGUUUUGCCGUUUUCCCGUUAUUGUUGGAACAAAUGGGGCACUAAAUACAUCCAUAAUUGCGUAUGUCCUUCCUAACUUCUUUAAGAACAAAUAAUGGCCUACCUAAUCUUGUUAUCCGGCAACUAUGCUUUACCCUACCUUUUACAUGUGACUGACUCAGUGCUGGAGAUAAUUUGUCUGCAUACUUUUUACAAGACCAGGAUAAAAACAUCUUCCUUAACAUUGCUUUUAAUGAUUUUUCAUAUUGGAUAAUUCUUUGUGUCACAUCACUCAUCAUAGUGUGAUUAUAAGCCCUCUUAGUUUGGUAAAAAAAAGAAGAUCAACAUUUUUUCCAGAUGUUUUGUGUCGUCGAAUUCUCGAUGAAGGUAAAGGGAGUGCAGUUGAAAUCGUGCCAAAGUCUGUGUGUGUUCUACACAAACAUUGUUGGUGGUCUCCAUCACUGCAUACCGCAGAUGACUUGACAAAGCUUGUCAUGAAAUCAGGACCGAUAGAUGAAUCCACAUGGACCAUACACAGUGCAGCAGUCCUUGCUUCAUACAAUAAUUAUGGAGAAGCUAAUGUAAAUGUUGCAAAAGCUAUGAAAGGCUUGCCAAUUCACAGCAGUACUGACAUCGAAGAUCUGGGGAAACAUAAACGGAAGCGGAAAGCUACAAUGAAGGCAGCCUCAGCCUCCUCGUCUUUCUUGUCUUGUAAAUCAGUGCCAGCAAACGAUCCGUUUUCUAGUGAUGUGGGCGAUAGUGACGUGCAGCCACAAUCAUCAGAUGAAGACAUGGAUAUUCAGUCUACACCCAUUAGUCAACGCCAAAGCGAAGCACACGAUUCUCAUAUUGUACCUCACAAUGUCGGUACUCUUAGAGGAAGGAAGAAUUGUGGGCUUCCGCUAGUUCCUACCGCACUAGGGUUAACAAAUAUGAUUUGUACAAAAGACAAAGCCCACAAAACGAGCAAUCACCCCAAUCAUCGCUAAAUUCAGUAUUGCAAAGCCCCAUCCAUGACAUCGGAAGCCAAAACAGCAACACCUUUGAAAAUGGUUACCAGUCGACUUCCACAUCCACCGAGCUGAGUAUUGCGGCUGCUAGGCCAGUUUACGCAGUCCGCACCAGAGUUUCAAAGACAUUUCCCGUUACUGAAUGUACGCGGUUAGCAGACAGAGCGGACUUAAGGUCAACUAACCAUACCACUACCCCAGCUUCGUCUCUAUCAGAGCUACAAGGUUUAUCGGCAUUGAUGAGGAAAAUGGAUUUGAUAAUAAGAAACCAGGAAAUCAUCAAAGCUACGCAGCGGGAACAUGGGCAACUGCUCGAUAUUGUACUUAAAAACUCGUCACCUCCCGAGCCUGAAAUAAAAGACGCGCUGCGCCAGUUCGGGUUCAAAUUGAAAACAUUCUCUGACAUGACAAAGCUAGAAAGCAUUUUAGAAAAUGAUGUGGAACGUAGGACACUUAUAUCGUUUUUCAGCGGAAUUGGAGGUAGCCAAUCGAAUGUCGCUGGCAGAAUCCUCAGUCAUGCGAUGACAAACGAGCUGGCUAGCAAAUACUGCUACAAAGGACAAAACGAAGAAAAGCGUGCAUUCCAAAAUUUGGCC